CAAAAACAUCACGAGUGUCUGCCACAAAUACAGCACAUGGUCCUGGCUGGCAGCUGCUUUUGCAAGCGGACACGACCCAAGAACCAACUUCCGAACUCGGUUACAAGCCUUACACUUCAGUAGAGCAGGUCACUGUGAGAUUCUAACAUAGUUGAAGUGAAUUAGCGCGAAGACUGACAGAAAGCACUUAACUGCGAAUUUGAGGGCUUUUGAACAAAACUAGAUCUCGAUUAGUUUGCUGCAUCAACCAAGAAGCUAGCAUGUCCACAAACCAAGUUAAAAGCUGUCCUAUCCCCACCAGGGUGCUCACCCUGAAGGACUGGUCUCAGCUACCCGACUGCUACAGCCAGACUCCCGGGGGUACUCUAUUCUCCACUACGCCCGGAGGUACCCGGAUCAUCUAUGACAGGAAGUUUCUGUUGGAUUGCAGAAACUCUCCUCUCGCCCGCACCCCGCCAUGUCUCCCCCAGAUCCCAGGGGUAACGUGCCCUGCAACUCACACUGUGAGCAAACUCCAGGACGUCAAGGAGGAGGUCGAAGAGGAAGAGAAGGACAUUGCGGCAGACGACAACCAGUUUGAGAUGGACAUCUGAGUUUUACCUCCUGUGGAGAGUUACAAUUCAAACACCUCCACGGUCAGUCUUGACCGUAAAGCAUUGCAAUAAAGAUUUUUGUUCACUUUUUGUUUAUUUUAAACAAAGGCCGUGGAACCAAAAAGAUUGGAAGCUGAGAAAACUAGGGUGUUUUUGACCCUAAAAAGUGUGUUUCGCUAAGACACGGCACCAAAUGGUUCAAUUGCUCACUUGAGCUGGAGCAGGAUUUGGUGGGGGAAAAACAGACACACAGUCUUGAUUUCACUUUUUAUAUCUUUUGUGUAUAUAUUACAAUGUAUAAUGUAGCUUUUUUAAGUUGGAUGAUUACAUUAAGAGAUGUAAAAUCAGCCUUUUCACUGCAGGCAUGUUUCCUCUUUUGUUUUUUUUCCACCCCUUGUAUACGUAUAAGGCACUGCAAGUGUCUCCUUUCUUUUGGGGGUCAGGGCCUGUUGGAAAACUGCCCAGACUGUUUUUUUUUAUGGAGAAAGGGAUUAAAUGUGAGUAAUUCCAAAUAAAGGCUGUUG